CCCCGAGUCCCAUGCCCUACACUAUUCUUUUCAAUCUACUUCUCUUUGUCUCUCUCUCUCUUUCUCUCUCUAUAAAAAACCAAACUGAAUGAGAUCUUGAAAACUUGAGUUUGGACUCUCUCUCUCUCUCUUUUUCGAAUUCGGUUUUCAGUUACAGUGAUUGUUGAUGGACUGUUGUGUCUCCUACAGCAAAAUCCCCAUUGUCAAAGCUUCACCUUCUGCGGUGAAGUCUGGAGGAGGGGAUUCCAAGGUUUUCUCGAGGUUCAACUCUGAUUAUUCCCAUAAUAGAAGGAUUAAGUUGUGUGAUACUCGUCGUUUCGGAGGACAAAUCUGGUUCAAUGAGAAGAAAUCGAUUCGAACUGUGUUGGUUGCGGCUACAAAUGCUGAAUCUAGUCAGUGUGGCUAUAGAAGUGUAGUGGAUUGGCCUCUUGAGACCAGAUCCUCUGCUGGGAAAUUCCUCAGCGGUGUAUUGAAGAACCAACGCCACCUCUUCGAUGUUGCCGUGGCCGAGCAAUUGAAUGAGUUAGUUGCCGAUAGGGACGGAGCCAUCGCCCGCAAGAAACAGAGUGAGGGUUUUCCUGAAUCCUGUCUUCACCGGAGGAUUGCUGAACUGAAAGAACAUGAAUGCCAAAUUGCGGUUGAAGAUGUCAUGUACAUGCUAAUUGUUCACAAGUUCUCUGAGAUCAAAGUUGCUAUGGUUCCAAGGCUCUCUACAUGCAUCAAUAAUGGCAGAAUAGAGGGGUUGCCAUCGAAGGACAAGGAGCUCGAGUCCAUUUAUACCAUUGAAGUCCUGGAGAUGGUUAGGGAACAUAUUUCCACCAUCCUUGGUUGGAGAGGAAAAUCUAAUCUCUCUGAAAAUUGGACAAAUAGGACCACAACCCAUCUGCAAAGGCUUCAUCUUGGCCAAAUCUAUGCUGCCUCCGUCAUGUAUGGCUAUUUCCUGAAGUCUGCAUGCUUGAGAUACAACCUGGAUCGGCGUCUAGCUCUGACCAAUUAUGACUUUUCUUUUGGCCAUGGGAUCCAUGUUCCCAUUGCAGAGUUCCAGCACCAUGGCUCGGAAAAUCUUGUUGCUCUCCCCCGCUCAAUUGACACUCGGGCCACCUCACUGAGUCGUGUAUCAGGGAGGCACUCUAGGAAGCACGAGAAGCUGAGAUGUUAUCUGAUGAAAUUUGACCCUGAGACAUUGCAGAGAUGUGCAAAACUAAAAUCUCAAGAGGCAGUGAAUCUAAUUGAGAAGCACAGCUGGGCUCUUUUUGGGGAUGAGAUGGGAACCCUUGAGAGGGAUGAGGCUAUUGAUAUCACAUUUGCUAGCCUAAAGAGGUUGGUGUUGGAAGCUGUUGCUUUUGGUUACUUCCUCUGGGAUGUAGAAGGAUAUGUUGACAGUGUGUAUAGGCUCAAAGAGAACUUGAUCAAGGAGAAUAUUUAAUGAAAUUAGGAACUGUGGUGGUGCUUGGGAGUGGCUUCAAUCUCCUUGUACUAUUCAAAUUGAUUUCUUGAGCCGUUGGCUUGCGGGCGCCCCUCAGCCAACUUACAGUUGAUGUAAAUAUAGAAGCACCACCAAAAACAAUUUCUGAGGAACCACUUGGGUGCAUCCAUGGCUGAGCAUUUUGCUCCAGUGAUGACUCUUUAUUUGUUUAGGGUUGUAAAACUUUACCUGCAAAUAUAUAUAUUUGUUAUUUUGGGAAACAUCUCCCCCAGUAACUUAGCUUUUAGAUGAUUGUUCAUGGCAAUCAAUUUUGUAAGAGAUGUUUUUCAAUUUUGCAAUGGUAAUAAACAACCUUGAAUUGA